AGUUACCACAACAGGAAGCGUCGCUGUGCUAAAAACAUUGGAGUAGAAAAGUGCAACAAAACGCUGUCGAACACGAAGCUGCAGGAAUGUUUCCUUUUAAGAAAAUGUGUUGAUUUGUGAAAUUAUAUUUUUAUAAUCCACAACUUGUCUUCAUUUGAUCGUCAUCCAUCUUGAGAACUCUCGAAUUUGCGUCACUAGCAGCCCUCGAUAGAUAGCUUGUGUUGACCAAAAUGGAUGACAGCAAGAUGGUGGGAGGCAAAGUCAAGAAACCCGGUAAACGAGGCCGUAAACCCGCUAAGAUUGAUCUGAAAGCGAAGUUAGAGAGGAGUCGGCAGAGCGCCCGGGAGUGCCGAGCCAGGAAGAAGCUCCGGUAUCAGUACCUAGAGGAACUCGUGUCCAGCAAGGAGAGGGCCAUCUGCGCCCUGAGGGAGGAGCUGGAGAUGUACAAGCAGUGGUGUACAGCCAUGGACCAGGGCAAGAUCCCGUCUGAGAUAAAGGCCCUGCUGACGGGAGACGAACAGAAGCCUCCUCAGAGCUCCUCCACCAAGAGCUUGAAGAACAGCAACCAGAGCUAAUGUGUUAGGAGUGCCAGACCAGAACUAGUCUGACUGUCAGUUUUGUUAGAGGUGUGCAGACCUGGGUUAUAUUCAUUAGGGAAAUUAUAUCAAACGUUGUGCAAUGGAAAACGGGGUGUUCGUAUAAUACCUACCCCCUUUUUUGGACCUGUUUGCUUCCGUUUUGUUGCCCUAGUGAAUACGACCCAGAGCGAGUCUGUCUGUUGAAAGGUUCCAGACCAGAGCUAGGCAGUAGGUACUCAGUCUGUCAUGCCAGACCGCUCCACUGGAUAAGGCCUCUGUGACGGAGAGUGAAGCGGUGUCUCACCGGUCUGUUUCAGCCCCCCCCUCCUCCUCCAGAGGAGACGCACAGCAACAGAAGUGUCAGAGAGACAUAUCAUUACUAACGCUGGGGGACCUUCAGAGUAAUAGCUCAUAUUAUUUACAGUUGUAAUCCACCUUACCGGUCUGAUUUUAUCAUGCGUGGUUCACUAUUGCAACACUCUGGUUUCGUUAAUGUUAGUAAUGUCAAAUAUGUUAUUAGUUAGACUGCCUGUAUUUAGUUACAGCUAUAGACACUGUUAGACAGCCUGUAUUAUUGUACAUUUUAAUUUCCUCGUUUUAAUGUUUUAGCUUCUAUAUGUGAGAAUUGAGGAAGCAUUUAAUGGUACAUGGAUGAAACCAAGACAGAAGAAGUGAAAGGGUUUAAGGCUGUGCAUUCAAUCCCACCUGGCCUAGACGUUCAGCCAAAACAAAGCACAUAUUCACCUUCAAAUAAGGAAUUACUCUUUGACCUUUAUUGGUUAUUAUGACUCUAUUUGGAAAGGAGUAAAAACUAUGGCAAUAUCCCAAAUGGCACUCUAUUCCCUAAACAGGGCCCUGGUUUAAAGUGGUGCACUAUAUAGGGAAUAGGUUCCCAUAGGGCCCUGGUCUAAAAG